UGUAAGUGGAGAAAGGACGGAGGUGGAACAAAAGGGUUUCAAAAAGGAGCGCAUCAGGAAAAAGCUCUCAAUCAGAUUUGUUUGGAUUUACCAAAACUCUCCUCUCAUGGAUGACCCUUUGGAUUUCGAGCUACAAGAUGACCUUCUCGUACCACUUCCUAUCAACAAGAAGCGGAAGAAGGUUAUUGGGUUGGAUGAUCUUCUUAAUGAACACUACAAAGAACAGGAGAAGCUUGCAGAGAAGCAGAAGAAGCAGGCAAAGAAAAAGGCUAAGGCAAAUGAAAAGAAGAAAUACGAUGAUGAAGAUCGUAAGGAAGCUCAUUUGAAUAGGCUAGUUGAGAAAUGUCACAAUCAGUUGAAAGCCUUUGGAGAAGAAAAUGAAAUUCCAGUUUGGGGGGUAGAAGUUUUUGGUGAACAGAAACCCUUUCCCCGUUUGGACUUUCCUGACCUCGGAAGUUGUAACUUUAUACAAUCUUUUUUGAACAACAGACUAAAUUCUGUGGUCGAGUUGGCUGCUGACAAAGGUGAUAGCUUUCUUGAAGGGUUACUAGUCAAUGGUUGGCUUUCAAAAUUAGCUUUUCUUUCCGGCCAUGUUGAGAAACCUGUAGCUUUAUGGGCCUUUAACUCAAUGUUAUAUUCAUCAAAAGAAGAGCUCCAGAACUCUUCCAGCGACUUUUGGUGUGAAAUUCUCUCUUCUGGAAAUGAGGCUGAUCAAUUUUCUGUCAAAGUUGAUUGGUUUCCUGAGUACAAAGAUUUGAGAAGUGCUCUUGACACUUACGGGUUUCUCUUUAAGUUUUCAUCCAGUGCUGCGCAUGAAAGUUCAGAUUCUAACAAUGGAGGUCCACCCCAAAAUAUUAGAGCCUGGAUCAGAUUUGUCACUUACUGUUGCCGGAUAAAGAGUAAAAAAGCUAUCCUCUCUACUAUUGAAGCUGAAGAGAUAGUUGAAAUUAUUAUAUGUAUGUUCCUAGAUCGCCGGUUCCAGGGGUUGUUGGUGCUUUUAUAUGACUGCUUGCAAGCAGUUGUUGAUUAUUUUACUGACCAAGAAUGGUGCUCAAGCUGCGAGAACGUAGCGAAGUUCAUUGCUUGCAGAGUCUCGGAGGAUUUGAAUUGCAUCCGGACUGUUGAAUGUGUUUCAGAAGAUAGUUCUCGUUGUAGGCAACUUAGGAGCGCCAUUGCCUAUCAAACCAUGCUUUUUUGUUUUGACGGAGCCAACAAUGGAGAAGAGAUCCUCAAAUCACUUGAUGCAAUUAACUUGAAACACAAAAGCUGUGAUUUCUUCAAACUCUACAUUCACUUGGUCUUGGCAAAGAAUUGGAUUUUGUCCAACAACUCUGUUGAAGACAAUGAAGUAAUCCAUGAGAUGUUCUGUUCUUUUCUUAGAAAUUGUUCUACCUUUAUUUCACCAACUGACCUACGAUCUUAUGCGUCAGAGGUUCGUCAUAAGGCUUCAUAUCUUCUGAAUUUCUCCGUCUGAAAAUGAUUAUGGUACAAGGUAUCUUCAGUAUCAUGGCGAAUGUCAAGUUGUUGCUACUUGUUGACUGACAUGAAUCAAGAUAUCUUGCACAGCAUUGUAGGAUAUAAUUGUAACAUCACGGAAAAAUUCGCUGGCUUGUCUGUGUACAUUAAGGUCCAGGUGCAUCUUAGGUUAAAAUUGAAGUGUGCUUUCUCUGGUGUCUUUUGUGCCCUCUACUUCUAUUCUGGACAACUCUCCCAAGUUUAUAAUAGACUACAAUGAGGAAGGUUUGAGUUUUGAAGGGGAAAAAUACUCUGAUUGGACUCAUCUUUGUUGAUUCUAAGUUUUAACUUCAGGAUUUGUAUUCUUGUUGGAUUUUAAACCCGUAUUUAGAUUCAUUAUGAUACUGUCUGUUUCUUUUGGAGAGUCAGACUUUGUUUAUCUAAUUGCCAUAUGAUUAGUCGGAUAUUCUUGCAUUUCUUGCUGUUUCAAUUUUUGUUUGUUGGUCAUUGUUGUUGAGGAAAGUAGAGGAAGUGAAGUUGAAGAAAAAUGUUAUGCUUUACUAGCGAAAAGACCGGCAUUAAUGUGUCUGUUAUUCCA